CGAAGAACACAACUCGAGCCGGCACGCCAAUGCUCUCCUCUUCACGGUCGUCGUUAAAACGCGGCCACUCCUAUCUCCUCAAGAAAAAUUUUCAGUGCAUCUCUGCUGUGGUAUCUCAAUGUCCUAGGAGACAUACGUCCACCGCGACACAACCAGCAGAGCCGUCUUCAUCUACAGAGCUGUGUAGCACCCCUUGGAAAUUCGAGCCUGAUACGGCUUUCCAACAAUCCCGACAUGGAACCACCCUCGCCCGGUGUAAUACAGCUAUACAUGACGCCUUCAAACGGCGCGACAUACGAACUUGCUUUGAAACAGCGAUGAACAUGAAGAAAAACGGAAUUGCCCCAGAUACGACGACCUAUAAUGCUCUGUCAUUGGCGACGGCUUAUGGUUCAAACUCACUGGAUGCUUUUGCGGUUUACGAAGACAUGGUGUCGUGCGGGGUGGAACCCAAUGUCGCUACCUUCAAUCACCUUAUUUUUGCUGUCAAGGACAAAACCACCACGCAAGUUUGGUACAUCCUCGAUCUAAUGACCCAAAAAGGUCUACGCCCCAAUGGCGAAACCUACCAAUUGAUUAUCCAGUUCUUCACCGCUGGUAAAAACGUGGAGAAUGCCUUACAAUUCCUGCAUGAAAUGAAACAGGCCGGUUUUGAACCGUCACUCCGAACAGUCCAGGAUAUGGUCGUCGUCGUAGCUGAGCAAGGGUACAGCAGGUUAGCAGUGGAUCUCGCAACAGAGUUCGAGGAAACUUCCGUCCGAAGACUUGGUCCCGAGCCGUGGCUUAGCUGCUUGAUUGCUUCUGCAGAGGAUGUUUGGGAUGAAGGGGUGCAGCGGUGUUGGGAGAUUGUCGUCAAACGAUUUAAUAUCAACCCAGAUGAAGGCCUCUGUCUUGCGGUGCUCACAACAGCAGCUCGGCACGGUCUGUCCGACUUGGCGACAGAAGUCCUAGGCGCGCUAAAGACUGCCGGAGUUCAAUGGCGGGAGUAUCACGUUGCGCCCCUCGUCGAGGCGCUCUGCCGAGCUGGUCGUCUAAAAGAGGCUAUCCUCUCCUUGAAUAUCAUGCGAUCAAACAACAUCCUCCCACUACGUUCAACGGCCUUCCCGAUAUCCGAAAUAAUAUCAAAAGACGUAGACGCGCUAGAUUCAGUCUGGCCAAUUCUCGACGAGCUACAAGCUGAGAAAGCCACCAUAGACGUUAUUGCUUUGAACGCUAUCAUCGAAUCCGCAGUCGCGCUAGGCGACCUCCAGCGUGCCGUUGGCACGUACAAGAGCUUCUCAGAUUACAACGUUGUCCCCGAUCGGGACACUUUCCGAACGCUCCUCGACGGUAGCAUAGUGGCACGGCAUCUACAACUCGGCACUAUCAUGCUAGAGGGCAUGAAAGAGCUGGAUAUUGCGCCAGACGCAACAACGUACAGGCAAAUGAUAGAGCUUUGCCUAACGCAAGAGAUAUAUGAUGAUGCGUUCAUCCACCUGGAGGAGAUGAAGGCUGCAGGCUUCAAACCUACUCAGGAGACGUACGAGGCUAUUGUCGUGACGUGUGCAUCUCGCGGAGACUAUCGAUAUGAGAUUGCUAUGAAGGAGAUGCAGGAACAAGGCUACCCGAUAGCCAAAGACUUUGAGGUAGAAGUCUCUCAGAUAUACAACCGGAGCCUGGUUGCAGGGAAUGGUCAUUCAGGGUCCGAGGUGUAUGAGCAAGACGACGGAGGUGACCGUCGAUGAUGCACUUUGGUGGUGGACUGCCUCAGGCGUGGUGGUUAGCUCGCCAAGCGCGCGGUCGGUGUUCAGUCGCAAUACGAGACAAAAAUCCAUCUUAUUCGCUCUGAUACUCAUACCUGAAUCGCAUUUCUAGACAAGGUGAUUGAAAUUGUAAUGAAUG